GUAGAUUUAGUGCGAUGGGUCGAAUGUCAGCUAAAUUGGAUCAGUUAAAAUGAACGCACAAGGUUUUCCGAAAACCUUGCACAGAGUGCUGAGAAAUGUCGGUGUGUUAGGUCAUAGCAAAAAACGCAACAUUUUGGGCUUGAAUCCUUUGGUAAUAUCACUCAGCUACAUUUCAGCUACUCUAUUUUUGGCCUCCUAUUUGAGAAAACAAGUGCACAGUUAUAUACAAUGCGAUUCUUUAACUAAGCAACUUUUAUUGGAAGCUGUAGCUACUUUUGAACUUUGUGCUUCUUGUUACGAAUUAAUAAUAGUCGCUGACAAUUGGGGUGUGGGUGCCUACGCACUUUUCCUGCUACUCUUAACGAUUUACUGGUCAACAAAAUGGGAAAAUUCUUCAGCUUGUCCUUAUUGUCCUUUGGAAGAAGCGUUUGUCGGCCAGAGAACAUGGCAAUCAACUUUAAAUAUUAUUGGAGCUCAACUUAUUGCUGCUCUUUUGACUUUCCCAUAUGUCCAAUUGCUUUGGGCUAUGGAAUUAGUGGAAACUCAUAAAGAUAAAGCCUAUGAAGACUGUACAGCUGAUUUACAAGUGGAUAUGGUGAUAGGUGCGAUUGUGGAAUGUGCAUUGACUUGUGCCUGUAGAGUUACGUCUAAAAUUUUAACAGAAAAAUCGUUUAAAUUUAGUGGAGUUGUCGAUGCUGCUUUCAGCACUGCCAUGGUUGUUUUAGCAUUUAAUUUAUCUGGUGGCUAUUUCAAUCCAGCUCUGGCAACAUCGUUGAAACUAGGAUGCGAAGGCAAUACAGUUUUGGAACACAUUUUAGUUUACUGGAUUGGUUCUAGUACUGGUGCGCUAUUGUCUUGCGUUAUUUUCGAAUCAAACGCCGUUCAGAACUUUUUGAAAAGAUCUAAAGAAGCAAAAGAUGAAUGAGAUGAAUGUUUUGCAAGGGUUAAACCAUCUUGGAAUUAUAGUGUACAAACAUAUUGUGGGAUUAUGGUGUAUACAUUUUGAUUUACCCCUCGAUGUUUUGGUACAAAAAUCUUGUAUCCUAUUAAACAUCUAAAAUACAUGAAAUAAUUUUAUAAUUAUUAGUCUUUUUCUUAUCAUAACUAGGAGGGUAAAAUAAACUAAAAUACUAUAGAUAAUUUAUUCAUAGAAUCAACAUAAGUUAGCAAUUAUUAUUAUUAUUUUUACAAAACAAAAAUCUUAGAGCUGGUUCUAUAUGCCUGAAACUAAAAAGCAACGACGAUGGAAGGAGAAUACACCACACAAACAUCAGUAUUUUUUUUAUAUACAAAGUCCCUAUACAAAACACCAUCUGAAUUGCACAUUUUUCUACAGAUGGCGCCCCAAUAAAUUCUUUACUGCAUAAAUAAAACUCUUUUUCUAAUUAGAUUAAACAAUAAUAAUAACGAUCAAUUUAAACAAGAAGACUUAACAAUUUUGGCCCGAUUUUUUUCAGUUCUUUUCAAUUGGCCAUUCCUGGUACAUUGAAGUUCACGCCUUUCAAGUUUUAGAAAUAUAGCAAAAAUAUACAUCAGUACGUUUGGUUUCGGGUUAAAAUUGGGUGCGCAUUUCUAAUGUACAAGAAGGCGCCCAUCGAAAAGAUCCUGUUGUCUAAGUUUAGGUUAGACGGAUAAAGAAACGAAACUGUUGUACUGAGAAAUGUUACGUUUCAGGAUAUCGGCGCAGGGGCCUAGGACUCGCUCGAAU